CAGUGAUUCUAUUAAUGUGUUUGGUGCAAUUACUACAGCACAAGGACUAUCUGUCCAAUUUUAACGUUAAUGUACCAGAUGUUUUUUUUGAUAUGGUGGAUAUUGAUCAUCGAUUGUGUAGUGGAAUUCAAAAUAAUUUAUGGAAACGAACGUGUGAUAAUAACGGUGCCGAUGCACAUAAAACAAAUGCACCACACGAAAAUGAUUUACAAGAUCAUAGAAAAGCCCGUUCCCGCGGAUACCAUCUGGACGCCAUCUACGGAUCAAAUGGGCUACCGCGAUGGACCCAUGCCGCAUGACGGGGCGCGCGACGCCGCUUAUCGCGACCUCGGCUGGUAUGGAUUUCCAAAGUCGCCGCACGACCACCAAUCGACCAGUGACCCCGUCUACGGUCACCGCGGAACGGGCGGUUAUCAAGUACAGGAAAACGUGGCAGAUUUCAACGGAAUAUUUUCGAUCGCCGUCCCGCCGAAGCACCGCCCAACUUCCGCACAGGCAUACCACAACAAUCCUUCACCGGUGUCGGACGUCGGCAGCGAUAACACCGUGGACCGGAUGCCGUCGGUUCUGUCCAUCGCUUCGCCGCCGAUCGUCAACAACGUUUACUACACGCUCGAUCCCGUCGUGCCCUACAACGACGUGGCACUUCGAUCGCAGCGCAAAUCCGUUGGACGGCGGUCCGUCGAAAAUGUCAAUUGUCAAGUAGUCUCGGGAUGAUUUAUAAUAAUUAGGCUUUGGUACCGCGGUGUUUGUUUAUUUUAACGUGACCACCAUUUAUUAGCUUUUUAGUGCUUUUUCCAUAGAUAGCUAUUAUCUACGGAAAUGAUUUCACAACAAUUAAAAUAUGAAAAUAUGUUUAUAUCCUAUCAGCGUUGUGCGAAUUCCACGUGAUAUAUUAUAAGCUUUGAGCUCCUCGCGCCGAUGACUAUCUAUAUCGAUUGAUAAUUUUGUUUCGAUUAAAAAAUCAAUUUCAAAAGAUACACUGAUACGUGAUGACAGCGAUAAAGUCAUACAAAAAUAAAAAAAUAAAUAGGUAAUACAAUUAAAUAUAAGACGAA